AUGGUGGUCUCAAAGAAAGUUGCACUCCACGUAGAUGGCCUGACGCUGCAGGAUGUUGGCCUUGAUGCAACCAUGCCGUACUUGAGAGCUAAUCCGCAAGGUCGCCCUAAAGUGACCUAUCUGCACUUCGCUGAUUCUCCCCGGCUCUCGUUCGGCGUCUUCUGCUUGCCACAGUCUGCCGUCAUCCCACUCCAUGACCACCCUGGGAUGACGGUCUUCAGCAAGAUCCUUUUUGGCUCCAUGCACAUCCGGUCGUAUGACUGGGUUAAGGCUCCUGCUGGCAACCAGGCCACGAGAAUGUCAAAUGGUGCUCGUCUGGCGAAGCUGAACACGGAUGCCGUCUUGGACGCCUCGUCGGAGACGGUGGUGCUGUACCCGGAGGACGGAGGAAACCUGCACUGCUUCACCGCGACGACGCCCUGCGCGUUGCUCGAUGUCAUGGGUCCCCCCUACUGCCAGGCUGAAGGAAGAGAUUGCUCUUACUACGGUGCCAGAGCUGUGCCUGCAGGUGGGGAUGGACAGUACGCUUGGCUCAAACAAGUGCCCAGCACCUUUGAAAUGGAUACCUUCCAUAUGGGACCAAGCAUUCGGAAGUGAAUUGUUGAAUACCGAGGCUCGCAGAUCUUCUACUGAGGAGAACAGUGAUCUUCUUUAGCCUUGUGCUAGUGUCCACGAUCUCAGACAAAAGCACAGAGGGUAGAAGAGAGGAUGAUGGGCUGUGUAGCGAACUUUG